UUGGGUUGUGAGAGAGGAGCGGAAGAGGGGAAAAAAUUCAGUAAUCACGACCUGCUUUUCACAGGACACUUCUUUCGAACAGUGAACAGCUUGAAAUCUGUGAACAUCGUCCAGCAAUCGCCCAUUAAAAUGGCGGAAAGCCAAGGGAAGACCGCCAUACCUCAACAAAUGUUUCACUUCUUCCAAAUCUUAAUGAAAAAAUUGACAAUAGCCAAUCUUCACGCCGAUGCUAAUAAAAAGGCCGCGGAACAACUUGGUCGGUUGAAUCACAUUCUGAACGAAAAAGUUAAUCGACUUCAACGAGUAGUUGAUCAACAAAAGGAAUUAAUAAAUUUCCUUCAGGACUCAUCUAACACUCAAAAUUCGGUAUCCCCACAGUUUAAAACAUUUAAAACAAUCGCCACCCAAACCUCAAUGCCCGUACAGUUCACAACAAAAUCCACUCAAACAUCGUCUAUUGAAGAAUCAACAGACCGCCCACCUUCCGUUAUAAACACGAAAACUAUCCCUAAGACUCGCUACCAAGAUAUUUGCAACAUCCUUGAAAAUCCUACACCAGCCAAAACCACUACACCAUCUACAUCGCAAGAACCCCCUACCCCAUUAAAAAGGAAACGCGCCUGUGAUUCUCCAAUUCUAAAGGGAAAUUUUGUUUAUCCCAAUCGGUCCCGACAACUUUCUGAAUGUAAUAAGUCUCCCCCUUCCGAACCUGCUACUUCCACCCACCGACAAGAUCCAAGCCCCGAUUACUCCCGCUACGAUUAUCCCCAUUGUACCGAAAAUCCUGAAUAUCCGAGCUACACCUACUCUCCAUCACCUGUUCCAAUUCCCUCUCUUUUAAAAAUUAGCGUCAAAGUCCCCGUGGAUGCAGACCCAAAAACUAUUAAUUGGCUCAGACAAAGGAAAGGAUGUUGGAAUUGUCAGAGUAGAAAACAUAAAUUUAAAAAUUGUCCUCGUCAAUAACGUCUGUUCUGUCACUAUUGUGGAAAUCCUGACACAUCCAGUGAGACAUGCCAAAAUUGCAAAAUAAUUCAACGGUAGUAUAUCAAUUGUAAGUGAUUGUGAGUCGAUUCCCAUCCACAAUUUAUUCCCUAUUUGUCGCAUGUAAAAAUUUGUCUUAGAAUACUAGAUGAAGUCUAAUAUAUAGAGUGCGGCAAUGUCAUAUUACCUAGAAACAUUAAUUAUUCAAUCUAAUAAUUCUAAAAGCAAAUUGAAUUAUUGAUGCGAAUGCUUUUCAUUCCUACACAGCACGAUAUCUUCCUGACAGUUUCCUGAAUAAUCAAAUGGAAGCUCAAAAGAAAACUUCUCGCGAAUCUUCAAAUUAUCAUGGGAAACUCCAACGGAAUCUCUAAGUAGGCAUCACCAGAAUCUCGAGGGAAGCUUCCACCGAAAACUACCCAGAUAGCACAUUAGCAUGCAGCAAGCAUGCCGCGCAAUAUUGCCAACCUUGCACGGCAAACUUGCGCAAGCUUC